ACAUUAGCCAAAGGUUAUGAUGACGAGCAGAUCUCUCUAAGUCAUCAAAUGCCCAUCGAUAGUUAUUGUUUACCACUGAAAUAUUGUUUCGAAACCACACUGAGCACCAGAGUCGCGCAACACAGGAAGUGAUUCUCACCCCCAAAAAGAUUGGCAACUUCCGUCUGAAAGCGGAAGAAAAUGGGUGUAAACCAAGACUUCUGGUUUUCAUUCAGGAAAUCAAACAGAAAUUUUUAUUUAAUUUUAUUAGUCGGAAGCGAAACCAGGAUCUCUAAGGAAUACGGAUUUCCUCUCACAUUUAUUUCCUUCCUACUGCGACGUCAGAAUCUGUUGGACGGGUAGUUGACCUCAAAAGUGAAACCGAGACAUCAAGUUUAAAACGUUCGAGACGGAAUUCAGUCUUCAAGUGGAUACCGUCGUGUAUGCUGAGUGCUUUCGUCCACUCCGUCUCGACUAGAGUAGAGCGCAAUGCCAAAUUCCGUGUUAACGUUCAAGUCUCUGCUGAUGUUUUGGCUGAUGUGUUCUAUGGGCUCUGACUGCGCCCCAGUACUUUCUAAACCAAUUAACGCCACUAGAAAAAUUCCCCAGUCUUCUAGCCUAAAAGCAGCUGCUCCAGCCGUCGUCACCACCGCCCAGCCUCCGCUUUCAUCCCUGUCCGUGAGCACCAAACCAUCAGCGUCAAUCCAUCCUCAAAACUUGUCCUCUCCGGAAUCGAUUCGGAACGUUUCACCCACGGAAAAUCAUAACGUUGCAUCCCCAAGAAAUGUUGAAGGAGCGACUGUAAACGUAGUUAUGGGGUUUCUGCAAAAAUUUGGUUACCUAGAAGGCCGUCAGGAUUCCAACUCGGAAGCCUUGUACAGAGAAGAAGCCGUGAUUGAUGCAAUCAGAACCAUGCAAAGUUUCGGGGGGCUCUCGCCAACUGGAAGGAUGGACAACGACACCUUACAACUGCUGGUGACUCCUCGUUGCGGUAACAAAGACGUGGAAUUGGAUAAUAGCGAACAGCAGUCAAACAGACGGCGAAGGAAAAGGUUCGUGGUCGGCUCACCCGGUUGGAACAAACGAAGAAUCACUUACUUUUUAGCUAACUGGUCGCCCAAAAUAGGCGAUGAAGAAACGACAAUUCAACAACUUGAAAGAGCCUUCAAGGUAUGGUCGGAUUAUGCCCAUCUCAAGUUUGUGCAAGUACCAACUCCAGACGCGGACAUCACUAUCCUUUUCGGUCGCGGAUACCAUGGCGAUAGGUAUCCUUUCGACGGUGUUGGUUACACCUUAGCCCAUGCUUACUACCCUUAUGAAUUUGACAAUUUCGGUGGCGACGUUCAUUUCGAUGAAGACGAGCCGUGGACCGUUAACCCGGACGAGGGUUCCGGAAUUGACUUUUUCACCGUGGCAACGCACGAACUGGGGCAUUCCCUAGGACUGGCACAUUCUCCCGUGCCGGGCUCCGUCAUGUUUCCUUACUACAAAGGAUCGCAACCGAAUCUUCAAUUGGAUUACGAUGACAUUCUAGCAAUGUAUCAGCUUUACAUUUCGAGGCAAGUGCACGACGAUCGAAAUGAAGAUGUUACAACGACGACAACCACCACCACUACCACCACAACGCCGAAACCCCAAACUACCACCGAGAAAGUGUCGACCACGACGACGCAGCCCAGGCCUACAAGACCCACGUCUAGGACGACAACGCCCUACGAUGAUAACGAAGACUACAACGAGGUUGAUGACGAUCACAGCUCGAAAAGCGGAAGCGGGAAAACGGAAGCAACGACCGUUUUUGUAGGGGACGAAGAGAUUACGACGACGACGACCGAGAGAACGGUGACGAUCAAUUACGAGGGCGAUUACGAAACGGUGGAUGAUCAUCGCAGGAAGUUGAACGCCACAAACGAAGAUCAAUCACCCAGGAUUCCGGAUAUUUGCCAGGGCCACUUUGACGCCGUUUCCGUCCUCCGCAACGAGCUGUUCUUCUUCAAGGGUCAAUACGUUUGGCGACUACGUCAAAGAGCUGCAAUAGACGAUGGAUAUCCAACCCACAUCCGCCAUCUCUUUCGCGAACUUCCAGAAUCUCUGCCCAAAGUGGACGCACUGUACGAACGUCCUAAUGGACACAUUGUCUUCUUUUCCGGUUCAAGUUAUUGGGUAUUUGACGGUGACCGGAUGGUGGAAGAGAAUUCGAAUCUGAGCUGGCUCGGACUACCGGACGGACUGGACCAUCUAGAUGCCGCUUUCGUUUGGGGCAAGAAUAAAAAGACUUACUUCUUUAGAAAGAAUCUUUACUGGCGCUACGACGACGUUAAAAGACAAAUGGAUCCCGGCUAUCCGCACGAUCUGUCCAGGUGGAGAGGUGUAACGUCCGAUAUAGACGCAGCCAUGCAGUGGACUGAUGGGCGAACGUAUUUCUUCAAAAACAAAAUGUUUUGGCGGUUUGACGACACUCUGGUACGCACUGACAUGCGCUACCCUCAAGAAGCCACACCUUUCUGGCUGGGAUGUCCGGAAUAAUUUCCAUUUUAAAAAUUCCCCAUU